ACAAUAAACCAUCUUAUAUAAUUUUUUAAAAAUAUCAAAGUAGGAGGAAUAAUCAACGCAAACUCUUUGCCCUGUCUUGCUUAAGUUUUCAUCUGAGGUGCAUAGAGAAAUAAAAUCUGAAGCUAAGAGAGAUCGUUAAAACUAGAUUACAAAGCUGAAAAACUUAGAAGAAAAAAUCAACCAUAAGUAGUUAUUGUGCCACAUAAGCUCUUUUAUAAGCAAGUAUCAACCACUAACUAGUAAUCAUUAAUCAUCUAUGUUGGGGUUUAAUAAUCUCUCACGAGCUCCACUAAACAAUCAUGUUAUAACUUUUAUAAUCUCCAUCAGUCUCCCCUCUGUAUGAGAACACACGCACAAGUGGUUAGUUCUAAGAUUCAUCAUGUUUAUUAGUUAAACAUAAAAGCCACUUAUCUCAGUCAAGCCUAAAAGCCACUUAUCUCAGUCAAGCCUAAAAGCCACUUAUCUCAGUCAAGCCUUUACCUCAAAACAGAGAGCUAAUCAGAGUCUUUUGACGAAUUGAAUCUCAAACAACUUUAAAGUUAACCACAUUGCCAAAAACAUGAUUUGUAAUUUGCAGACAAUUAUGACUUACAUAAUCUAUGAGGUGAAUGAAGUCUAACUUGGUUGGAAUAUAUUUCUAAUACUUUUUCAAGUGUAAUCAUUUUACAAAAAAAUGGAAUAAAAACCUAAAUUAUAUCCAAUUUAUCUACUCAUGUCUUCAAUAUUAUUAUCAUUAUCUUAAUGAAAGUUUAAACAAACAGUUGGAUGCUCUAUAUUAUUCUUGUCAUCAGUCAUCACCAUCCAAAGAAAAAAUCCAUGGAUAGACAUUGGUUGAUGAAAACACAAAUUACAGAAUAUAACGUGGCUGAGAAUAUCUAAAGUACAACACCUAAAAGUCUAAUAACAAUAAAGCAUCUUAUAUAAUUUUUUAAAAACAUCAAAGCAAGAAGAAUAAUCAACGCAAACUCUGUGUCCAGAAGUUUUGUUCAAAAAGCAUAAAUGAUAUUAAAUGCAGUGGAAAAGAAAAAAAGAAAGAUAACAACAUAUUCAUCACACACACCAGCCCAACUAAAACUUUUAUAUAAACAGUACCUCUCUUACUUUCCUUCUCAACCAUUCAAACAAAGAAAAAUGAGUCAACACAACAUCCUCGAAGCUCUUAACGUCCGGGUCGUGGGCACGGGCGAUCGGAUCCUAGUCCUAGCCCACGGGUUCGGCACAGACCAAUCCGCCUGGCACCUAAUCCUCCCUUACUUCACCCAAACCUACAGAGUCGUCCUCUACGACCUCGUCUGCGCCGGCAGCGUCAACCCCGACUACUUCGACUUCAACCGCUACACGACCCUCGACCCCUACGUGGACGACCUCCUCAGCAUCAUCGACUCCCUCGGCAUCCAAACCUGCGCCUACGUGGGCCACUCCGUCUCCGCCAUGAUCGGAAUCAUCGCCUCCAUCCGCCGCCCGGAGCUUUUCACGAAGCUCAUCCUCAUCGGAGCCUCGCCGAGGUUCCUCAACGACGAGGACUACCACGGCGGGUUCGAGGAAGGGGAGAUCGAGAAGGUUUUCUCGGCCAUGGAGGCUAACUACGAGGCCUGGGUUCAGGGAUACGCGCCGUUGGCGGUUGGAGCCGAUGUGCCCGAGGCGGUUAGAGAGUUUAGCCGGACGCUGUUCAACAUGCGUCCGGACAUCUCUCUGUUCGUCUCCAGGACGGUGUUCAAUAGUGAUCUCAGAGGCGUUCUUGGGUUAGUGAGAGUGCCUUCUUGUGUGAUUCAGACGGCGAAGGAUGUUUCUGUUCCGGCUUCGGUGGCGGAGUAUCUCCGUGCUCAUCUCGGUGGGGAUACGACGGUGGAGACGCUGAAGACUGAAGGUCAUUUGCCGCAUCUCAGUGCUCCGGCUCAGCUAGCUCAGUUUCUCCGGCGUGCACUUCCUCGGUGACUUUAAUUUUUCAUUUUCUUUUAAUAGAUAAAAAUAAUAAUUGGAGGAAUAUGGUUUUGUGGGGUCCACGUGGACAACGGAGGGUCUCUAUUGGUGGAGGACAGUAUGGUACUGUCAAAAUCUAGAGAUAAGAUUGUUCACUUGACACGUGUUGAACGCAUUAUUACUUCACUUUUUUUGAGUGUUUUGAA